AUGAUUGUUCGCAUCUUUGCCAGUGCCGGGCUUCAAUGCUCUCUCUGCUUCUCAUUCUUCGACUCUUCUCUUCUCUGGCGAGAAUCGCGCAAUAUAGCUGUUGAAAUGGAAUAUCAGUUACUUUCUCCGUCGCUUCGUUGUUCCCAGAACAUCGCUCUUCUCUCAAUACUCCCCACCUUCCGCUCUCAAGCAACUGAAGAGGCACUACGCCCCGACUUAUCCAUCUCUUCCAAAUCCGAUGAUUCGCUUGUUCAGGUCCUAGCCUACCUGGCGGCUAUCGAUGUUGAUCCCAAACACGUUACCGCCGUCGCUGUGGAAGGUGCUGCUGAAGCAUUCUCCUUGCUGCAUGUACACGUUGCCAUCAAUAAGGCCCGUCCUGGCGACGGUCAUGCCGUGCUGGAGCGCAUAGUUGCCAGCUUUCAGCGAUUGUUUUUGAUCAUGGUCGUCAAUCGUUCUGGCACAUACAAACCGCCUGCUAACAAGAGGUGUUGUUCGUUUCUUGGCGGGCAACUACAAGAGUUUGUGGACGCGCUACAGAAGCUAGCAAGGCCGGCCAAACAGCCAGACCCGGAUCUGCAGGAGUUUCUUGCCCGUUCUGUCGAGCUUAUCACAGAACUUGAUCCACUACGUCCGGCCAUAUUCACAGCCGAUGCGACACACCCUGACUCAGCCAGUUUGGUCCGCGUCGUCUAUUCUGUAUAUCUCUACAGUAAAGUUCUGGGCGAUCGUCUCGGUGGAGUCCUUGACCGGCUAACAGGACGUCAUAUCAAUCUGACCGUGCGUGACGUCCUGAAGCGACGUCUCCAUGGACUCGCCUGUUUCGUCCGAUGUGCCCAUUUUCUGUGCCGGCUCGCAUUAAACGAGACGCCACCAUGGCUGGGCAACGUCGAGGUUGUUCCUGUGCAGCUGACGGCCGCCAAUUUUGUCUCUCUGAAACUAGCAUCGGCAUCGGCUGCAGCAACGGCGGUCUCUCAGACACCAUCCCCGCCGUCUCUCGACGCCUGCCUUGCUCAGUGGAACUGGACCGCUGCCAGGCUUGAAAUGACCCUCCGCAAGCGCAACUACAGCAUUCCCUCUCCUCGACUCCAGUUCACCACCACUUGCAAUCAACUUUACGGAUCCACACCCAAUAAGCCCAAGAUCCACGCAGAAAUCCAAAUCGCCUAUCACUUGGACAGUCAAAACAAGGACAGGCGGGAUGUUCCUCCUUCAGACAUGGCCUCGCUUGUUGAGGCAGAGGACGUGAAGGGAAAGGAUGAUGCGAAUAAUGAGCCAGUUGCAUCUCAGAUCUUCCUUGGGGGCACUGAACCGACCCCCCCAACGACCCCCCCAACAUCGGCCUUAUUUCACGCGCGAUCAUUAGCGGGUCAUAUUGAGUCAGGAAGCCAGGACAAGGCCGAUAGUGGUAGUGAUAGCGACGCCACUGUUCAGCAAAUUGCGGUUGGGCAUGGCCAGGAAGGGCACAAUGAUACGCCCUACGACGUCGUCUUCCACUCUACAGGCAGCCGGCCAACUGGGGCUCGUCGCUACGCUACGAACGAACUGGAGCUUUUCAUUACGUUUGGCAGCGAGGAUGGGGGAGUGCGCGAUCCAGCCGUACCACAAUCCAGCGUUCGGGCGCGCAAGCUGCCCGUCGACGAGGCAGCUUCGUAUGCCGUCCACGCCGUCGAUGUGAGCGGCCUUGCAUGUGGCAGUGAGGUGCCGGCCAUUCCUAUUGGCACUGACGGACGUUUGCAUCUGCGUGCCGGCAGUGAUAUCUACGAAGUGUUGAUAUCGACUGGAGAGGCGAGACAGCCUGCACAUGCGAACGUAUGA